AUGGCGACCUUCACUGCGCUUUGCAUCCUCGGAAGCGCUCGCGCGCUCCAGCUCGGCGGCCCUUACACGCUGCACGCCUACGAGCAUUGCCAGUUCUGCACGCGGACUCGCUUCGUCCUCGGCUGGGCGGGCGUGCCCUUUGAGACGCGUUUCUACGGCUACGGCGAGGGCGCCGACCCGGAGAAGUGCGGCGGCUUUGGCUACGAUCCCGAAGCUGGCACGGUGCCGCUCACGGGCAAGAAGGCGUGCCCCGUGCUCGAGGGCGACGGCGUGCCGACGCUCGACGGCGCGCGCGGGCUCGCCGAGUCCAUGGAGAUCGUGUCCUACGCCGUCGGCGUCGGGAGCAAGGUCGCGCCCGCGACGAACCGCAAGGACGUGGCCGACUGGCUCGACCGCGUCGGCGACACGCGCAAGUGGCUCGAGCGGCCGCGUCUCAUCACGAUGCCCGUGCCCGACUUCGCGGACCCGCGCGACGUGGCGUACUCGCGGUGGACCCACGAGAAGCAGGGCUUCGACUACGACGUCGCUCUCGAAGAGACGCCGCGGCUGCUCGCGGAGCUGAAGCCGCUGCUCGAGGAGCUCGAGACGAUGCUCCGGGGCCGCGAACCGUUGAGCCUCAACGCGUGGGGGUACAGCGUCGACGACGCGAUCUUACUGCCGAUUUUGCGCGCGAUGACCGUGACGAAGGCCGUCGAGUGGCCGCCCCGUGUCCGCGAGUACCUCGAUACGGCGUGCGAGGCCGCGAACGUCGAUACUUUUGCAAAGUCGACGGGCACGAGCAACCCAGGGCGCAACUACCCCGGGUUCUUUUUGCCGACCGCCGGCAUCUGCCCGUAUUGGUUCCAAAUCGGUGAGCACGGCGCGCGGAGCUACUCGGACGAGUUCUUCGCUCCGGAUGACCUGGACGAGCGCCGGCGGCGCGCGCUGCGGUCUACAUCGGUCCAGCAUGUCUUCGACAAGCGCUACUCGACCAAAUACGACGUGCCAACGCCAGGCACGCCGGACCGCGAGACGUGGGUCGCCAUCGCGCAGUCGUUGAUGCCGCUCGUGAACCGGACGAAGUUCACGCCACUCGGCGGCCACGACGAACGAAUCCCAUACACUACGAACGUGACGAUCUCGGAGAUGGUCGACAUCAAGAACGAGAUCGGCGUGCUCUACGGCGAAGAGGCGCAGCAGGCCUUCGCCGCGGCCAAGGAUGACGACGUCGUCGCGUGGCCGAAGGUCCAGGCCUACGCCGAGGCGCACGGCCUCCUCGACCCCAAGGCCGUGCUGUUCAAGAACCUGAGGCAGUUCAAGAUCGCCCGCGAGCAGAUCGAGGCCAUCUACGACGAGCACUUCACGGGCGCGGUGCGCGACAUCCCGUGGCGCGGCAAAGACCUUGGCGACGACCGGCGCCAGUGCGCGCUGCACGGCGCGCCCGCGAAGACGCUCGACGAGCUGUACGCGGUCGCGGAGAAGGCGUUCAUAAGCUUCGCCGUGGCCCUCACCGCCGCGUGCCCGGACGGCGCGGUCGUGAAGCUCGCGCCGCUCAAGGGGCUCGCGCGCGCCGCGGCCAAGGCGCGGAACGAGUACGCGAAGAAUACGGCGCCGGCGACAUCGUGGCUCUUCGACGUCGUGCGCGGCUCGGUCAUGUGCGCGACCGAGGACGAGAUCGUGCGGUUGUACGCGGCGCUCGACAAGGACCCGCGCGUCGACGUCGUGCGGACGAAGAACCGGUUCAACCCGCCCUGCUUCAACGGGUACCGCGACAUUCUCAUGAACGUGGCGGUGCGCGUCCAGGGCGAGGCGCGCGAGAUCGUGCAUCUCUGCGAGCUCCAGAUCCACCACGCGCCGAUCAAGCAGUCGGAGCCCAUGCACAAGAGCCACGUGACCUACGAGUUCUUCCGGGAGUACUUCCUCGGCAACGCGGACGCCGUCGAGCGGCGCCUGAACAUGCUCUGCGCGCUGCCCGUCGACGACGCGGAAAACGUCGACGACCUCGUGGGCCGCGUCCUCGGGUCCGACCGCGCGAAGAACAAGACGCUGCUCUUGGAGCUGGCGAAGCUGCUCGAGUCCAUCGCGGAGCACGCGAGCGCGGUGCGCGUCCGGGAGAAGGUUCUGGAGAUCAUGGAGCGCAAGUACGGGUCCGAUCACCACAAGGUGGCCGGGACGCUGCGCGACCUCGGGUUCGCAUACGGCUCCCUCGGCGACGCGGCGAAGAAGCGCGACUUCCUCGUGCGCGCGCUCGCGAUCUUCGAGCGCGAGUACGGCUGCGACCACGCCAAGGUGGCCUACACGCUGACGGAUCUCGGGGACGCGUACCGCGUCCUCGGUGACAAUGCGAAGUCGCGCGACGUCCUCGAGCGCGGGCUCGUGAUCGAGGAGCGCGAGUACGGCCGCGACCACGUGAAGGUGGUCGUCACGCUGGAGUGCCUCGGGAACGCGCACGGCGCCCUCGGCAACAAGGCAAAGGCGCGCGACUUCCUCGAGCGCGCGCUCGCGAUCAAGGAGCGCGAGUAUGGCCGCGACCACGCGUUGGUGGCCAGCGCGCUGACGAACCUCGGGAUCGUGCACGGCUCCCUCGGCAACUACGCCAAGCAGCGCGAUCUCUCCGAGCGCGCACUCGUGAUCUUCGAGCGCGAGUACGGCCGCGACCACCCCAAUGUGGCCAGCGCGCUGGCGAACCUCGGGAGCGCGCACGGCUCCCUCGGCGACGACGCCAAGAAGCGCGACCUCUUCCAGCGCGCGCUCGCGAUCGACGAGCGCGUGUUUGGGAGCGAACACACCGCGGUAGCCGCUACGCUGGGAGGUCUCGGGAACGCGUUCUUCAGCCUUGGCGACUACGCCAAGGCGCGCGAGCUCUACGAGCGCGCGCUCGCGAUCAAGGAGCGCGAGUACGGCCGCGACCACGUGCAGGUGGCCAGCACGCUGACGAACCUCGGGCUCGCGUUCUUCAGCCUCGGCGACUACGCCAAGGCGCGCGAGCUCUACGAGCGCGCGCUCGCGAUCAAGGAGCGCGAGUACGGCCGCGACCACGUGCAGGUGGCCAGCACGCUGACGAACCUCGGGAUCGCGCACGGCGACCUCGGCGACUACGCCAAGAAGCGCGAGCUCCUCGAGCGCGCGCUCGCGAUCGAGGAGCGCGAGUACGGCCGCGACCACGUGCAGGUGGCCAUCACGCUGGGGAACCUCGGGAACGCGUUCUUCAGCCUCGGCGACUACGCCAAGGCGCGCGAGCUCUACGAGCGCGCGCUCGCGAUCAAGGAGCGCGAGUACGGCCGCGACCACGUGCAGGUGGCCAGCACGCUGACGAACCUCGGGCUCGCGCACGGCGACCUCGGCGACUACGCCAAGGCGCGCGAGCUCUACGAGCGCGCGCUCGCGAUCGAGGAGCGCGAGUACGGCCGCGACCACGUGCAGGUGGCCAGCACGCUGAACAACCUCGGGCUCGCGCACGGCGACCUCGGCGAGGCGGCCAAGGCGUGCGACCUCUACAAGCGUGCGCUCGCGAUCAAGGAGCGCGAGUACGGCCGCGACCACGCGAGCGUGGCCCUCACGUUGACGAACCUCGGGAAAGCAUGCAACGCGCUCGGCGACUCGACCAAGGCACGCGAUCUCUCCGAGCGCGCACUCGCCAUCUUCGAGCUCGGCAGCGAACACGCCAGAGUAGCCAUCACGCUGGACAACCUCGGGAGCGCGUACAUCGCCCUCGGUGACGCGGCCAAGGCGCGAGGCCUCCUCGAACGCGCGCUCGUGAUCAACGAGCGCGAGUACGGCCAAGACCACGUGAAAUUGGCCGAAACGCUGAUGAACCUCGGUGUCGCGCACGGCGAGCUCGGCGACGCGACGAAGAAGCGUGGCUUCCUCGAGCGGUUAGGGUUAGGGUUAGGGUUAGGGUUAGGGUUAGGGUUAGGGUUAGGGUUAGGGUUAGGGUUAGGGUUAGGGUUAGGGUUAGGGUUAGGGUUAGGGUUAGGGUUAGGGUUAGGGUUAGGGUUAGGGUUAGGGUUAGGGUUAGGGUUAGGGUUAGGGUUAGGGUUAGGGUUAGGGUUAGGGUUAGGGUUAGGGUUAGGGUUAGGGUUAGGGUUAGGGUUAGGGUUAGGGUUAGGGUUAGGGUUAGGGUUAGGGUUAGGGUUAGGGUUAGGGUUAGGGUUAGGGUUAGGGUUAGGGUUAGGGUUAGGGUUAGGGUUAGGGUUAGGGUUAGGGUUAGGGUUAGGGUUAGGGUUAGGGUUAGGGUUAGGGUUAGGGUUAGGGUUAGGGUUAGGGUUAGGGUUAGGGAUCCUCAGGACAUUUGCAAGGUUUGGAUCGAUCUUGUCGAGCGAUGCUUUGAAGCACGAGGGCUUUUCGGACGGCAAGGUUGAGGCUCCCGCGGACCCCUGGAGCAGAUACACCUUUUCCAUGCAAGGUACACAUCCAGCACCUGAAGACACGUCCGGCGUGUCUUGACUGCGUCAACUUGUGGUUGCCUCUCAAAUGGGCAGAGAAAAUAAAGCAGGCCUUAUAUAUGCGUGCUGCGCACAGACUAGAAGUUGCUGCAGCCAGAAUACAGAAGAUGGCUCGGGUUUUUGCUGCGCACAACUGCACCUUAGUAAAGAGAUUAGCUAGGGGACGCGCUGUGCGUGCACAACUCGAACAAGCAGCCUCCGUGAUUAUACAAAAGCGGCUCGCACGAGGACCAUCCACAAGAGCUGCCACGGCCCUGCUUGCAACACAUGCGUAUAGGAAGUAUGUGGUCGAUCAUCACGAGAUCCUACAGUAUGCAGCACCAGCCAUUGGAGAAGACGACAAUGUCAGCGAGCUAAGCAUCGUAUGCUACUGGGCGUUUGUUGGCACUUCGGGGGGGGAUCUCGUAAACGUGAAAGCAAAGCGACGCUUUUUGCGGGCGCCCAAAGGUUUGGGGACACGUGUAUCAUGGGUGAAACCCAAGCUGCUGCGUGAUAAGGAUGUGACUCGUGUUUCGCAGCGGCCGACGAGGCGCACGGCCUAUGUCGUAGACUGCGCAUAUUGCGGGGUCCAGGCUGCUGAAAGGGUUUGUCUUGAUUCGUGCGCCGAUCCGUAUUGCGGUGAGUGUUGGGCAGCUGUUCACCGC